AUGCUUCGCCGUUGUGCGUCUGCCGUCGCGCCAGCAGCGCACAUUCCCUGCCCUGCCACCGCGGUGACUGGGGUGCAAAAGCGGUUUUUGAAAAUUGCCAAGUCUACUUUCGGCUUCUACCUAGCUCGGAGGGGACAGCGUAAGUUUCCGUUCCACCGUAGGCCGCACAUCAAGAACACUCAGGCAAUGAACCUGAACGCGCCGUACUUUUGGAGUUAUAUGACAGCGAAGAGCCAGUCUUUUUUUCUUCCCGAGGAGAAUUACAUAACUGGCGAUUGGACAGGAAAGUUUUUUGUCUCAAAGAGGCAGGUGUACACUCUUCAACAUGCCACUAGCGGAGGAAAGGUUAGAGUCAAGUCGUUUCCAUCCGUUUUUGAGCUGAGCAGCCCUUCUCGAUGGAAUGUGGGCAAGGAGCUGAACACGUUGACAAAGCCGCGCAUGGACCUCAUCGAUGAUCAGAUGCUUACAAAGAAGCAGCGUUUGGAUUACGUGAAAGCAGGUUUUUUGCCCAAAUAA